CAAAUCUUAGAAUCGUUGCAUUUACGAAACAACAGCCUUUCCGGAGUGAUUCCUCGGGCUCUUCAGAGUUGCUUGAAGUUGAGAGCUUUAGAUCUCAGUCUAAAUGCCUUCAAUGGAAAAAUACCAGCAUGGAUUGGCAUGAAGGAUUUGGAGUCUCUUGAUCUCUCAAGGAACCAACUCUGGGGACGAAUACCACCGUCCAUGUCAGAGUUAUCGUUCCUAGCUUACUUGAAUUUGUCUUGCAAUAACUUGUCGGGUCCAAUUCCGACAGGUACUCAGCUCCAAAGGUUUACUCCAUAUAGCUUUAUUGGCAAUGAGGUGUGUGGAGAUCCAUUAAAGAAGAGGUGCGGAAAGGAGGGUGUGAGCCCAGAAAUUGGGAAUGAAAAUGGAAAAGAAAGGGAGGGAGGAAGUAUUAUUGAUGAGUGGUUUUAUCUGAGUUUGGGAAUUGGGUUUGUGUUUGGGUUUUGGGGGAUUUGGGGUCCAUUGUUACUCAGUAAGGCUUGGAGAGUAAAGUACUUUAGGUACUUAGCUUCUGUAUGCCACAAACUCACAUAGCUCAGCGAUGUACUUCUUGUUCUGUUUUGUUCUUUGCAACACAUGUCAUCAAGCUUUGAAAUGCCCUGAGACUCAAUGGAAAAAAUGUAUUUUUGGGCUUAAGCCAAAGAUGAGAAACAUUAGCACCAUUCGAAAUCGGUAAACCGAGACUCCAACAAAAAAAUUUAUAG